CUCAGUAGAGACACAGCAGAAUACUGGAGGCUGAAGUUCACAAAGAGGCAGCGAGACAGCCUGCCAUUCUGCUACCAGGGAGACACACACACACGGUACAAGACGCAGCUGCCAAAGCAAUUAACAAUCCAUACUUGAAAAUCAGGAUCUUCAGACCAAACAGCUACAUGUGUGGAACUUUACUGUUAACUGCAAAUCUCCAGGAAGGGUUUCUGAGGCUGGGAGCUUCUUCCUGUGAAGCGCAUUAUACCAUGCACACCUGUAUGUAGAUCCACUUCGUCUGCCAUAAAAGGUCACUGUGGCCCUGACUGGCUGCAGAAAGACAUCCCAGCGAGAGGCAAAGUGCAGGGGCUGUAAAGUAGGGAGGGAACAGUAGAGACUCUCCGACACCAGCUGUUCUAUCCCAUAGCACCUUUCUAUCUCGACACCACUCUCUCUCUCUACAGGUAGGUCCUCGAUUCUGAAGCUGGCAAAAUGCCACAAGUCCAAGUUAAAAGCGAAGUUCAAAAGGUCCUUAAUAAAACUACACCAGGUCUACAGAUAUGGAGAGUGGAGAAUAUGGAACUCGUGCCCUGCCCACCUAAAACAUAUGGGCACUUUUAUGAAGGAGACAGCUAUUUAAUACUAUAUACACACAAGACAAGCAGCUCCUUCAGCUAUGACAUUCACUACUGGCUGGGCAAGUCAACCUCUGUUGAUGAGCAAGGGACUGCAGCCAUAUACACCACCCUAAUGGACGAUCACCUGGGGGGCGUGGCAGUGCAGCAUCGAGAGGCGCAGGGCUGCGAGAGCUCCGAAUUCAAAGGCUACUUCAAACAAGGCAUCAUUUAUAAGAAGGGUGGAGUAGCUUCGGGUAUGAAACAAGUGGAAACCAACACAUACAACGUGCGCAGACUUCUGCAUGUUAAAGGCAAGAAGAAUGUGGUCGCAGGAGAGGUGAAUAUGAACUGGAGCAGCUUCAAUAAAGGCGACGUGUUCCUGCUGGACCUGGGAAGCAUCAUCAUCCAAUGGAAUGGCCCAAUAAGCAAUCGCAUGGAACGACUACGGGGCAUGAAUUUGGCGAAGGACAUUCGUGACCGAGAGAGGGGGGGGCGAGCACAGGUGGUGGUGGUGGAGGGAGAUGAUGAGAAAUCUUCUGAGGAAGCCAUGAAAUUGAUGAAACAGGUCUUGGGAGAAAAACGGGAAAUUAAAGAGCCCAUUCCAGACGAAGUGGUGGAGGAGAAACUCAAAUCCAGCAUCAAACUGUUUCAUAUUUCUGAUGCUGGAGGUAACCUAGUGGUCCAGGAGGUAGCAGUGAAGCCACUUACACAAGACCUGCUUAAUCCAGAAGACUGCUAUUUGCUGGAUCAGGGUGGAAUACGAAUCUUUAUAUGGAAGGGCCGCAAGUCAUCAAAGACAGAGAGGUCAGAAGCACCGGAGAAGGCUGAGGCCUACAAAAAGGCUAAAGGCUAUCCUCCAUCCACAUAUGUGGAAACAGUGAAUGAUGGCUCUGAGUCCUCAGUGUUCAAGCAGCUGUUCCAGAAAUGGACAGUGAAGGGUCAAACAGCUGGACUUGGCACCACGCACAGCCCAGGCAAAAUAGCCAAAGUUGAGCAAGUAAAGUUUGAUGCUAUGUCAAUGCAUGCCAGGCCUGACAUAGCAGCCCAGCAGAAAAUGGUGGAUGAUGGUUCUGGUGAAGCAGAGAUGUGGAGGAUAGAGAACAAUGAGUUAGUCCCCGUGGACAGAAAGUGGUUGGGCCACUUCUUUGGUGGUGACUGCUACCUCAUCCUCUACAAAUAUGAAAUCAAUGGAAAAAUGCACUACAUUCUGUAUAUCUGGCAAGGACGCCAUGCAAGCACAGCAGAGCUGACAGCGUCUGCAUAUCAGGCGGUCAUCCUGGAUCAGCAGUAUAACGGCGAGCCAGUGCAGGUUCGAGUGCCUAUGGGAAAGGAACCCAUGCACCUCAUGGCCAUCUUCAAGGGCAGGAUGGUGAUUUAUGAGGAAGGAAGUCCCAGAGAAGGCUCCACCGACGCUCAGCCCAGAUCAAGACUGUUCCAUGUUCACGGCUCUAAUAAUUUAAACACCCGUGCCAUAGAGGUGCCUAUCCGAGCAUCCUCUCUCAACUCCAAUGAUGUGUUUGUGCUCAGCACUGCCAACUGUUGUUACCUGUGGUAUGGAAAGGGCUGCAGUGGAGAUGAGCGCGAGAUGGGCAGAUCCCUGGCUGACAUCAUCUCCAAGAGAGAAAAGAAUGUGAUAGCAGAGGGUCAGGAACCUGCUGACUUCUGGGUCAACCUGGGAGGAAAGUCCCAGUAUGCCAGUGGCAAGAGGCUUCAAGAAGAAAACAGCCAGAUCACUCCACGCCUGUUUGAGUGCUCCAAUCAGACAGGUACAUUCGUUGCAACUGAGAUUUCAAACUUUAAUCAAGAUGACCUGGAUGAGGAUGAUGUCAUGCUACUAGACGCUUGGGACCAGAUUUUCCUGUGGAUUGGGAAAGGAGCCAAUGAGACUGAGAAGAAGGAAGCUGUAACUACAGCACAAGAGUACUUGAAGACCCACCCUGCUGGGCGGGACUCAGACACGCCCAUCCUAGUGGUCAAGCAAAGCUUUGAACCACCCACCUUCACUGGCUGGUUCCAUGCCUGGGAUCCUCACAUGUGGAAUGAUGGAAAGUCCUAUGAGCAACUGAAGUCAGAGCUUGGAGAUGCAACUGACAUCAUCAAAAUUACCGUGGAUAUGGCCAAGCCUAACUCUCAGAUCAAUGGCAAGGAUCCAGUAGGAGUCAUGUCCUCAUCUACGCUGCCAAACUUCCCAGCAGACCAGCUGGUGAACUGCCAGGUAGCUGACCUACCUGAGGGGGUUGACCCUUCCAGAAGAGAGGAGUAUCUGUCAGACAAAGACUUCAGUCUAGUCUUGGGCUUUUCACGGAUGGACUUCUAUUCUAUGCCAUUGUGGAAACAGAAGAACCUUAAGAAAGAGAAGGGCCUGUUUUAGGAGAGCCAGGAAUCCAUUAUCAGGAUGAGUGAAAGCUAACAGGUGUCUGAGUUAAAGUAUGUCUGAGUGACACCUCAAGGAGAUUACACUACCGUACAGAUGACUGAAACCUGUUGUGAGAUUUUUCAUCUAUUUGUUUACAUAUAAUUGUUUUAUUUAAAAUAUACAUUAAAUAAUUUUACUACAAACAAAACAUAUGGCUGGGUGUGAUUAAGAUUUUAAGAAUAAUUUUCCUUUAAACAAAUUAUACAAGGAUCAUUAUAUAAUACAAAAAUAGUAUAUAUUAAUACCUUUUAAUAACAAGGAACUGGGAUAAAAAAUGUUUAGUUGAAAUGCAGCCCUCUCGCUAGUGUCUCAGCUCUGUCGCUACUCUGUUGCAGCUCUGUUGCACAUCUGUCACAGCUUUGUUUUUACACACAUAAACUGCCAUUGUCACCAUAGCUCUUAAAUGAAUAUGAGCCCUUACAUUUUUAUGAAGUGGUCUUGUAAGUGUUGAACAGUCAUUUCAUGCCAAAACAUAGCAAUAUACAUAGAGAAUACCACGUUUCUGAUGUUAACAUGAAAUAACACUAUUUGCUAAUAUCUUAUAGUGACAUCUAGAUAUUAUUUGUUGCUCUGUGUAUAUAGACUAUUUUCCAAUUGCCAUACAAUCGCUAAUCAAUAAAAGAGUAAACAUCCUUA